CUCCUCAGAAAGUUUGUCAAUAAGCAAAUAUUUUUAUACAAACAUUUUAAUUUGAGAUUUUGUGUGGUGCAAUAUGGUACUUUUGAAAUGUACUUGAGAAUGAAGUCUUUAAUCAAAAUGGAUUUAAAUACUGCACCAGAAUGUAGACAAAGGGAUUAAGUAGUCAUGAUUCUAUUUUGGUAAUCUGAACCUACUUAAAUAAUGAAGCAUACGGUCACUGUGGCUCAUUUUGGGCAAAUACUUGAUCCCAGGUUAUUUUCAGAUUUGAGGAACAUUAUAUGCGAGAAGGAGAGAGAAAGAUCACAUUUCCAUUUGGCUAUAUGAUAUGCGUAGCUACUGAAGGUCCUCGUGGGUAUUUGUAUCUGACAUGUGUUUUGUGAACUUUCAACACUCAUUGUGUUUUCCUGCGUGGGUCUGGAGAAAACGCUGAGAGGGAGGUUGAUCCUCUGCAUUUCCUGGUCACACGGCUGCGUUAACCAGUUCCCCAGGAGGCUUUGGGCCCAGUCCAGCAGUAGGAAGAGACACUGAGCUUUUUUACACGUGAAUAUUCUAAUGCCAUGUGGGUUCUUCUGCUCCCUUAUCAACAGUCAACGUGUGGAUGGGUUUUAAUCCUGUUUAAAUGGUACAGAUUUGGGUCCUUUAUUAUUGUCUACAUUUUUCCUCUCUAUCACAACAUGAUAACCAAGAAUUAUUUUCCAGGAAUGUUUUUCUUUUUGUCCAAUGUGAUGGGAGAAAAGAAUUCAAUCUUCCUGUUUCUUUCAAUGUUUAGUAUAAAUGUAUUUUACUGAUAAUUACAUACAAUACAAUUAUACAAUUAAAUACAAUUAUACAAUUACAAUUACAACACAUUACAACACAUACAAUUAUGGAGCAGCUCCUGAAAAACACAGAAGAAUUAGAAAAUGGUUUCUUUACUUUUCUUUUUGCAGCGAAUUUUGCGUUUAUAACAACAAAAUGAAGCUUUAUCAUCCUAAUCCCCAGUAAUGAAUUUUGAGCAGUGGACAUGGUGCAAUUCCUUCUUUUCCAGGACAAUAACUACAGAUAACGAUCUCACACACGCUGCAAACUAUACAUCAACAGUCUGGAUGCUAUUAAGCUCAGGUGAAAAGGAUGGGAUGGUGUUUAUUGUUAUCUGUUUUCAAAGCCCUUAUAAGAGGAGCUUAAGACAGAUUGUGGAAAUCCAUUAAUUCUCUAGAAAAAAAGGUGUAUUGCCUUGUAUGAAAUCACAGGAUUUGUUGGAGGAGGGAUGAAUUUAACCUGUAAUAGCUUUAGCUCCGCUGUGCACAUUGUCAAGAAGUCAGGCUGAAAAGACUGCAACACACAGAUAAGACACAUGCAAGAUGCAUGAUUGUGGAUUCAAAAAGAUAGAAGGACCCUUUUCUGGUUUUACUUUUGCCAUUUGUAUUUAUUUUACUGAGUAAUAGAGUCACAGCAUAUGUCACUGACAACUCAUCUGCAACUCCCUAAUUACUGAGCAUAAGGUCUGCAUUGUCAGUUCACUGGACAUAUUUACAUGUUACCACUAAAGAUCAUUUGUUGAUAAAGCUAAAUGCAAAAAAUUAAAUAAAGUAAAUUAGUAUAUUAAUACACUAAUCCUCACUUUCAGCGUACACAAGUCUCUGGCCACACCAAAAUGUCCAUCUUUAAAUCCAGGUUUCUAAUACCCAGCAAUCCCCUUUUCUCUAAAACCUCAACAAUGAGGAUCUUAGGAGCGCUCCACUUCUCAUUUUAUGCACUGAAAUCUGAUUUCUUUUAGAGAAAGGAAUGAGGCAAGAUUAACUGAAUCUGCCGUCCUCUCUAACCUCUUCACAAAACUGCCCAGAUUAGCUAGGAAUUAAGUUUCAAACGUUUUAUGUGUCUGGUCCAUAGGGGGGAUUAUAGUUUUACUUUUUUUUCCUCCCAAUUUCACUAUAAGGGCCUGACACACUGUUGCACAGAGGGGAGAAGGAGAGGAGCAGUAGAGCCUGAACAACAAAACGGUUUCUUCCAUUAUUCUGUGAUUAUUGUUUAUUUCAUUGGUAUUUCUUUGGAGCUGAAUGGACUGAGGAUGGUGGAGAGACAAAAGUUUCCUUUCACUAUUGAAAACAUACUGAGCAAAUAUCCGAACAGUAAUGGAGACAGGCUGUCAUUUGGGAUAAGUGGUGCUGGACGAGACCAGAAGGCUGCAACUCCAGAUGGAAGAAAGACAGACACGGCUCGUCACGCCUGCCUGUGCUGCUGCUACUGCUCCCACUGCGGAGACAUAGUCCACACUGAUUUCAUUCAGGAAGCCUGUCAGUACGCAUGGCCCCCGGUGAUGCUCUCGGACCCGUGCAGGUUGGGAGAGGCUCAGAGGGAGGAGAAGUUGCCCAGUCAGGCGCAGAGGAGGACCAGGCGUCACCGCACUAUUUUCACUGAGGAGCAGCUGGAUGCACUUGAGGAGCUGUUCCUGCAGAACCAGUAUCCAGACGUGAACACAAGGGAGAAACUAGCACAAAGCACUCACUUAAGAGAAGAAAGAGUGGAGGUUUGGUUUAAAAACCGAAGAGCAAAGUGGAGGCGUCAGAAAAGACUUUCGUUUGGUGUGGGAAACACAGAAAAAUAAGUUUUAUACUACUGUAUGUAUGAUUGCAUCAAAGGGAAAUAAGUGUGUGUAUGCCUGUAUGGGUGCUGAGGUGUGUGUGAGUUUCCUAAAUACCUAAUAAUAUCUUUUUGUUAUCUGAUUUAAUGGACACACUAAGUCCUUCUUCCAGAAAAUAAACUGACAUACAGCUUUUGUGACAACCCAUGUGACUGAUGAUAGUGUUUUAGAUUAUUUCUGAAUCUGAUGGGCAGGUUGCAUGAUAAAUGUCCUGGCAGCAUAUGAUAGUGCCAGUCUUUAUAGUUAAGGCUUGGAUGUGUAAAUGGAUUAGCUUGCACUGGCUGUGAAAAC